CUCUCUUUCUAAAACCCUACACUCUAAAUACUACAAUCAUUCCCUGGACCUUCAAAAUCCCUAAUCCGGAUCUCCUCCAACAAUGGCGGACUCCCUCACUUCCCUCUCUACCUCUGUCUCCACCUCCUCCACCAAACUCCGCAUCCGGAUCUUCCGUCACGAUGUCGUCUCCCUUCUCGCCAACGCAGAGAUGACAGUCGAACUAGCAUCGAUGUUAGUGGACACCAUUUUCCGGACUCUAUUCAUAUACGAUGAUCGCCGAUCGAGAAAAGCAGUCGAUGAUGUGAUUAUCAAGUCAUUAAAUGAGGUUAUCUUCAUGAAAAGUUUCGCCGGCGCGGUUGUUCAGGCAAUGGAGAAGCAAUUGAAAGUUCAAUCACAUGUUGGAUGUUAUAGGCUACUUAACUGGUCCGUUUUGUUGUUAACUAAAAGUCAAUUCAGUUCAGUUUCUAAAAAUGCAGUUUCUAGAGUAGCUUCUGCGCAGGCUGGAUUGGUUAAUCUUGUGAUGCAACGAUCAUUUCGGGAGCGAAGAGCCUGCAAAAGGAUAUUCUUUCACUUGUUUUCACAGUCGCUCGAUAUUUAUAAGAUAUACAUCGAGGAAUUAAAGAACGGGCGGGUUGCAUAUAAAGAAAGUCCGGAGUUAAUUCGGUUACUACUUGAGUUUUCGAGUGCAUCAAGCUCUCGUUUUGAGCAAUGCAAGUCUAUAUUUAUGGAUAUAUACUUGAAAGCGGUUUUGAAUGCUAGAGAAAAGCCAGUAAAAGAGCUUAGUGAGUGUUUUUAUCCGCUGUUUAGACAUUUGUCACAUGAGGAUUUUCAGAACGUAGUGUUACCGUCAUCGGUGAAAAUGUUGAAGCGGAACCCUGAGAUUGUGUUGGAAGCGGUUGGGGUUCUUUUGGAUUCGGUCAGUCUUGAUUUGAGCAAGUAUGGGAUCGAACUUCUUUCAGUAGUAUUAUCACAGGUUCGGCAUGCUGAUGAAGGUAGAAGGGUUGGUGCAUUGGCUAUAGUACGGUGUUUGAGCCAGAAGUCGAGUAAUCCUGAUGCUUUAGAAGCCAUGUUCAAUGCUGUUAAAGCCAUAAUUGGAGGGUCGGAAGGAAGACUGCAAUUUCCAUAUCAACGAACUGGCAUGUUCAAUGCUGUGCAAGAAUUAUCACAUGCUCCUGAUGGAAAAUUUUUAAACAGUCUCGUGCUUACAAUAUGCAGUUUCCUUCUAUCUUGCUACAAGGAGGAGGGAAACGAAGAGGUAAAGCUUGCAAUUUUGUCAGCCGUUGCUUCUUGGGCAGCACGCUCCGCCGAUUCUGUCCAACUGGAUUUAGUUUCUUUUAUUGCUGCUGGCCUUAAAGAGAAGGAAGUUUUGAGAAGAGGGCAUCUUCGAUGUCUUCAGGUCAUAUGUAAAAAUGCUGAUGCUGUUUUACAGAUAUCAUCUUUGUUUGGACCACUUGUUCAACUUGUAAAAACUGGUUUCACCAAAGCAGUGCAGCGAUUGGAUGGGGUAUAUGCUUUGCUUGUUGUUGGGAAGAUAGCUUCUACAGAUAUCAAAACAGAGGAGACUCUAGCAAAGGAAAAGAUAUGGUCUUUCAUAUCUCAAAAUGAACCUUCCCUUGUUCCAAUUUCUUUGGCCUCAAAAUUGUCGAAUGAGGAUUGCAUGGCAUGUGUUGAUCUUCUUGAGGUGCUGCUAGUGGAACAUUCACGCAGGGUGUUGGAAGCUUUUUCAGUGAAAUUACUGUUCCAGUUGAUGGUCUUCUUACUAUGCCAUCCAAGUUGGGAUGUUAGAAAGAUGUCAUAUGUUGCUACCAGAAAGAUAAUUACUGCUAUCCCGUUGUUAUCUGAACUUCUUUUACUGGAGUUCACAAAUUUUCUUUCAGUAGUUGGAGAGAGACUCUCUCUUUUGGGGACAAGUGAUUCAGAUAAUUCAUUGGACGCCCAAGUUGCAUUUCUUCCAUCUGUUGAGGUAUUAGUGAAGGCUUUAGCAGUAAUAUCAUGUGCAACUCUGGCUGCUUCUCCAAGUGUAUCUACACAAGUCAUAUUCUGUUCGCAUCACCCAUGUAUGGUUGGCACUGCAAAAAGAGAUGUGGUUUGGAAGAGGCUCCGUAAGUGUUUGCGAAGACUUGGGAUCGAUGUUAUUGGCAUUGUUUCUGCUGAUGUUGAGAAUUUGUGCAAGGGUCUACUAGGACCAAUGGGAUUGGCAAGUUUGAAUCCGCUAGAACAGGAAGCAGCAAUAUAUUCUCUAUCAACUUUGAUGUCCAUAACACCAAGAGAUAUGUAUUUGGCAUUUGAAAAGCAAUUGAAAAAUCAUCCAGACCGUUAUGCACAUGAUAUGCUUUCAGAGAGUGAUAUUCGGAUUUUUCAUACCCCUGAAGGAAUGCUUUCUAGUGAGCAAGGCGUUUAUGUUGCAGAAUCUGUUGCUUCUAAGAACACAAGACAGGCGAAGGGCCGUUUUCGGAUGUACGAGGACCACAAUGACAUGGAUGAUGUCAAUUCUAAUCAGUUUGUGAAGAGAGAACCAACUGGUAGAGAAGCUGCUGGUAUGGGUAAAAAGGAUAUUGGGAAGUCGACGAAGAAAGCUGAUAAAGGAAAGACAGCAAAAGAAGAGGCUCGUGAAUUAUUGCUGAAGGAGGAGGCAGCUGUACGAGAUAAGGUUAGAGGUAUACAGGACAACCUUUCAUUGAUGCUGAGAGCUCUUGGGGAAAUGGCCAUCUCUAACCCUGUAUUUGCACACAGUCAACUACCUUCCCUGAUUAAGUUUGUUGACCCUUUGCUACAUUCACCUAUAGUGAGUGACGUGGCCUAUGAGACCUUGGUGAAGCUAUCCAGAUGUACAGCCACACCUCUUUGUCAUUGGGCUCUUGACAUUGCUACUGCUCUACGCCUUAUUGUGACCAAGGAUGUCAGUGUUUUCUUGGAUCUUAUUCCAAUAGCUGGUGACGGGGAAGCCAAUGAGAGUCCUUCUUUGGGUCUUUUUGAGAGAAUAAUUAAUGGCUUAUCUGUGUCUUGUAAACCUGGACCUCUUCCUGUAGAUUCUUUUACUUUUGUAUUUCCUAUAAUGGAGCACAUUCUAUUAUCACCCAAGAAGACUGGACUUCAUGAUGAUGUGCUUCGUAUUCUCUAUUUGCACAUGGAUCCACUGUUACCCCUUCCUAGACUUCGAAUGCUAUCAGCUCUUUAUCAUGUUCUAGGUGUUGUUCCUGCCUAUCAGGGCUCCAUUGGACCAGCAUUAAAUGAAUUGUGCCUCGGUUUACAACCAGAGGAAGUUGCACCUGCACUGUAUGGAGUGUAUGCAAAAGAUGUUCAUGUAAGAAUGGCCUGCUUAAAUGCCAUAAAAUGUAUUCCAGCAGUUGCCAGCCGAUCUGUCCCCGAGAAUGUUGAGGUUGCAACUAGUCUUUGGAUUGCUCUACAUGAUCCAGAAAAGUUAGUUGCUGAAGCUGCAGAGGAUAUUUGGGAUCGCUAUGGACAUGACUUUGGGACCAAUUAUUCUGGACUUUUCAAAGCACUUUCUCAUAUUGAUUACAAUGUGCGGUUGGCUGCUGCAGAGGCAUUAGCUGCUGCUUUGGAUGAAAAUCCAGAUACUAUACAGGAAUCUCUUUCUACUUUAUUUUCUUUAUAUAUCCGGGAUGCUGGUUUUGGUGAGGAUACUGUUGAUGCUGGUUGGCUGGGCAGACAAGGAAUAGCACUGGCUUUACAUUCUGCUGCUGAUGUUCUAAGAACAAAAGACCUCCCUGUUGUUAUGACAUUCCUCAUAUCACGAGCAUUGGGUGACCUUAAUGCAGAUGUUCGAGGAAGAAUGAUCAAUGCUGGCAUCAUAAUUAUUGAUAAGCAUGGAAGAGACAAUGUUUCCUUGUUGUUUCCAAUCUUUGAGAACUACCUGAACAAGAAGGCAUCAGAUGAGGAAAAAUAUGAUUUGGUUCGUGAGGGUGUUGUUAUUUUUACUGGAGCCUUGGCAAAACACUUGGCUAAGGAUGAUCCCAAAGUCCAUGCAGUGGUGGAGAAGUUGUUGGAUGUUUUGAAUACUCCAUCAGAGGCUGUUCAGCGGGCAGUUUCGUUUUGCUUAUCUCCACUAAUGCAGUCAAAGAAAGAUGAUGCACCUGCUCUUGUUUCUAGGUUAUUGGAUCAACUUAUGAAUAGUGACAAAUAUGGGGAACGCCGAGGAGCAGCUUUUGGACUUGCUGGAGUGGUCAAGGGAUAUGGAAUAUCUUGCUUGAAGAAGUAUGGAAUUACUGCUGCAAUAAGGGAAAGUCUUGCAGAUAGGAGUUCAGCAAAACAUCGUGAAGGAGCUCAACUGGCUUUUGAGUGCUUUUGUGAAACACUUGGAAAACUGUUUGAACCGUAUGUGAUUCAAAUGUUGCCGUUACUUUUGGUUUCUUUCUCUGACCAAGUUGUAGCAGUUCGUGAAGCUGCUGAAUGUGCUGCUCGUUCAAUGAUGUCUCAACUUAGUGCACAGGGGGUGAAGCUUGUGCUUCCAUCGAUUCUAAAGGGUCUUGAGGAUAAAGCCUGGCGGACAAAGCAAAGCAGUGUACAACUACUUGGUGCUAUGGCAUACUGUGCUCCUCAACAAUUGUCUCAAUGCCUUCCUACUAUCGUGCCCAAACUGACGGAGGUUUUAACUGAUACGCAUCCCAAAGUCCAGUCAGCAGGACAAAUGGCACUCCAGCAGGUCGGGAGUGUGAUAAAGAAUCCAGAAAUAUCUUCUCUUGUCCCUACGCUUCUCAUGGGCCUAACAGACCCCAAUGAGUAUACAAAAUAUUCUCUUGAUAUUCUCCUCCAGACAACUUUCAUUAAUUCAAUUGAUGCCCCAUCACUUGCACUAUUGGUACCUAUAGUUCAUAGGGGUCUUAGGGAGAGGAGUGCUGAAACUAAAAAGAAAGCUGCACAAAUAGUUGGAAACAUGUGUUCGUUGGUUACAGAACCGAAGGAUAUGAUUCCUUACAUAGGGUUGCUUCUUCCUGAAGUUAAAAAGGUUCUUGUGGAUCCAAUUCCAGAAGUUCGGUCUGUGGCAGCAAGGGCCAUUGGAUCUCUUAUAAGAGGAAUGGGCGAGGAAAACUUCCCUGAUCUUGUUCCUUGGCUGUUUGACUCUCUUAAAACUGAUAAUAGUAAUGUUGAGCGUUCUGGAGCUGCUCAAGGCUUGAGUGAGGUUCUAUCUGCACUUGGCACAGGAUACUUUGAACAUGUGCUGCCUGAUAUUAUCCGAAACUGUUCUCAUCAAAAGGCAUCUGUGCGUGAUGGAUAUUUAACACUUUUCAAGUAUCUGCCAAGAUCUUUAGGUGUUCAAUUCCAGAAUUAUUUGCAGCAGGUGUUGCCUGCAAUUUUAGAUGGUCUUGCGGAUGAGAAUGAAUCUGUUCGUGAUGCAGCAUUAGGUGCUGGCCAUGUCCUGGUGGAGCACUAUGCAACAACGUCCUUGCCUCUUCUCCUUCCUGCUGUUGAAGAUGGUAUUUUCAAUGAUAAUUGGCGCAUCCGGCAAAGCUCAGUGGAAUUGUUAGGAGAUCUCUUGUUUAAGGUAGCUGGGACUUCUGGAAAAGCUUUACUUGAGGGGGGUAGUGAUGAUGAAGGUUCUAGUACUGAAGCACAUGGACGUGCUAUUAUUGAGGUUUUAGGAAGAGAUAAGCGUAAUGAAAUUCUUGCUGCAUUAUACAUGGUCCGGACUGAUGUCAGUUUAUCUGUGCGUCAGGCUGCCUUACAUGUAUGGAAAACAAUAGUGGCCAAUACUCCUAAGACUCUUAAGGAAAUAAUGCCAGUUUUAAUGAGUACUUUAAUAUCUUCUCUGGCAUCGUCAUCUUCUGAAAGGCGGCAGGUUGCUGCACGAGCAUUGGGUGAACUUGUUCGAAAGCUCGGUGAAAGAGUGCUUCCUUUGAUCAUCCCAAUCCUAUCCCAGGGGCUAAAGGAUCCUAAUCCUAGCAGAAGACAAGGUGUAUGCAUUGGUCUGAGUGAAGUGAUGGCAAGUGCUGUGAAGAGUCAAUUAUUGAGUUUUAUGGAUGAACUCAUCCCUACAAUCCGGACUGCCCUUUGUGAUAGCAUGCCUGAGGUGCGUGAGUCUGCAGGCUUAGCAUUCAGCACUCUGUACAAGAGUGCUGGAAUGCAAGCAAUUGAUGAAAUUGUUCCAACACUGCUGCAUGCUCUGGAGGAUGAUGAGACCUCUGAUACGGCGCUUGAUGGUCUCAAACAAAUCUUAAGUGUCAGGACUACAGCUGUACUGCCUCAUAUUUUGCCCAAGCUGGUCCAUCUUCCCCUUUCUGCCUUCAAUGCACAUGCACUGGGAGCCUUAGCUGAGGUUGCAGGACCUGGUCUUAACUUUCACCUUGGUACUAUUCUUCCUGCUUUACUUUCUGCAAUGGGUGCUGAGGACAAGGAUGUUCAAACUUUGGCUAAGAAGGCUGCAGAAACAGUGGCCUUGGUCAUAGAUGAGGAAGGCGUUGAGUAUCUGAUAGCAGAACUUCUAAAAGGUGUUGGGGAUACUCUGGCUUCGAUCAGAAGAAGUUCAUCAUACCUGAUAGGAUUUUUCUUCAAAUACAGCAAGUUAUAUUUGGUAGAUGAAGCACCAAAUAUGAUAUCUACUCUGAUCAUUUUGCUGAGUGAUUCAGAUUCAUCAACUGUUGAGGUUGCUUGGGAAGCUUUAUCAAGGGUUAUUGGUUCUGUUCCUAAGGAGGUGCUUCCUUCAUAUAUAAAAUUAGUACGUGAUGCUGUGUCCACGUCCAGAGAUAAAGAGCGAAGGAAAAAGAAGGGAGGACCAGUUGUCAUUCCAGGUUUCUGUCUCCCAAAAGCUCUUCAGCCAUUGCUUCCGAUAUUUCUUCAAGGUCUAACAAGUGGCUCUGCUGAAUUAAGAGAGCAGGCAGCACUGGGUCUUGGGGAGCUCAUUGAGGUGACUAGUGAAAAAGCAUUGAAGGAUUUUGUCAUUCCAAUCACUGGGCCUCUUAUCCGGAUCAUAGGCGACCGGUUUCCUUGGCAGGUGAAGAGUGCCAUCUUGUCUACAUUGAGCAUCUUAAUACGGAAGGGUGGGAUGUCCCUGAGGCCUUUUCUUCCUCAGCUUCAAACAACAUUUAUCAAGUGCUUACAAGAUAGUACAAGGACUGUUCGUACAAGUGCUGCUUUUGCUCUUGGAAAGCUUAGUGCACUCAGUACAAGAGUUGAUCCUCUAGUCAGUGACCUCCUGUCCAGCUUGCAGGCAUCAGAUGCUGGUGUUCGGGAGGCAAUUCUCACAGCUUUAAAAGGUGUCCUUAAGCAUGCUGGGAAAAGUGUGAGCGAUCCUGUCAGAGUUCGUGUUUUCAGUCAACUCAAGGAUUUAAUUCAUCAUGAUGAUGACCAAGUCCGAAUAUCUGCUGCCAGCAUAUUGGGUAUCACUUCACAGUACAUGGAAGAGCCUCAGCUUGAUGAUCUGCUUGAACUACUCUCAAAUUUGGCAUCUUCUCCUAGCUGGGUGUCCAGGCACGGCUCAGUACUCACCAUCUCAUCCUUGCUUAGGCACAAUCCUUCCUCUGUUGUUACAUCCCAAAUGUUUCCAUCUAUCAUGCGCUGCCUUAAAGAUGCCCUGAAAGAUGAGAAGUUUCCUCUUCGUGAAACUUCAACAAAGGCAUUAGGAAGGCUUAUACUUCAUCAGAUUCAGAGUGAUCCAUCUGAAGCCACUGCAUAUGUUGAUAUCAUUUCGACAAUAGUGUCUGCUUUGCACGAUGACUCCAGUGAAGUCAGAAGGAGAGGUUUAUCUGCUUUAAAAGCUGUUGCAAAAGCAAGUCCUCCAUCAAUUACGGUCCAUGUUUCCAUUAUUGGUCCUGCACUUGCUGAAUGUUUGAAGGACAGUAGUACUCCGGUGAGGCUAGCCGCGGAAAGAUGUGCUGUGCAUGCCUUCCAGAUGACAAAAGGUACAGACAAUGUUCAAGCGGCUCAAAAAUUUAUUACAGGCUUGGAUGCUAGGCGACUUUCAAAGUUCCCUGAAUAUAGCGAUGAGAGCGAAGACAGUGAAGAAGAAUCAACAAGUGGCUAAUAGCUGAUUGCAUGUCCCUAUUAUUUGUGUGUUCUUCAAGAGAGGUACGCAAAAACCUUCAGGAAGUUUGGUCAAAUGCUAUGUGUGGCGACUCUUGUUCAUAGGAGUACAUAGUCAUAUUUAAUCAUAGGAAGAUGAUAAAAGGCUUAACACCUUCAGUUUUGGACGUGGAUUAUAUGUAGAUAUAGCGGUGGAUUUUAGCUCUUGUUUUUGUAAAACCCUUGCAAUUGCUGAGGAAUAGGAAAAGCCGCUCGACACAAUCCCCUUUUUUGUUGUAAUUUAUGUCAGCACUACUUUUAGUCAUCUGUAUGAACAAUUUUGCUCCUUGCCUGCCCAGAUUGCCAAACGGAUAAAAGGCUUCUCUUUCCAAAGGCCAGUGCUUGAUGUUUCCUAAAUUAAAAUAAGCAGCAUUCCUAUCACAAA